UGCCCAGCCAUGGGCUCCUACCUGGUUCUGCUGCUGCUACUGGGACUAGAAGGUCAGGGCUCAGCUGACAGCCACCUGGAGGUGCUGCAGGCCCCCGUGGGGAGCGCCAUCCAGGUUCAGUGCCUCUACCAGCUCCAGGAUGUCAAGGCUCUCAAGGUGUGGUGCCGGUUCUCACCAGAGGGGUGCCAGCCCCUGGUGUCUUCAGCUGUGGAUCGCAGAGCCCCAGGGAGCAGGCGCACAUUUCUCACUGACAUGGGUGGGGGCCUGCUGCAGGUGCAAAUAAUCAACCUGCAGGAGGAGGAUGCCGGGGAGUACGGCUGCAUGGUGCAUGGAGCCAUGGGGCCUCAGACUGUGCACAGAGUCUCUCUGGAGGUGCUCCCUCCAGGUGAUGAGAAGGAAGAGGAGACAUACGAGAUGGGCAGCCUGGCUGAGGACCCCUCCUCAGGCCCUGCAGGCGGUGCCAGCCCUACGGAACCCAGCCAGGAUGCGAAGAGCAUCCCCUUGAUCUGGGGUUCUGUGGCUGUGCUAGGCCUGCUAGUAGCAGCAGUGGUGCUGUUUGCUGUGAUGGCCAAAAGGAAAGGGAACAGGCUUGCUGUCUGUGGCCGAUUCCAGAGCAGCAGAGUUUCAGGCAUGGGCCCCUCUUCAGUGGUCCACCACAUCAGUGACUCUGGGCUGGCUGCUGAACUGCCUCCGGAUAUACCAUAUGUUAGGCUCGACUCACCACCUUCCUUUGAUAAUACCACCUACACCAGUUUAUCUCUUGAUCCCCCAUUAGGGAAACCUCCACCCCCAAACCCACCCUCACUACCCCCUCUGCCUCCUAAGGUUCUUAUCUGCUCCAAACCUGUAACGUAUGCCACAGUCAUCUUCCCAGAAGGGGACAAGAGAGGAGGGGCCUCCAGUGAGCCAGCCCAGGAUCCUCCUGACAGUCAGACUCUAUCCAGCUAA